AUGGUGAAGAAAGAGGUAAUCAGAAAGAAACGCAAACCGCAGCAGGACCCGGUGGUGAGGCAGAAGCUCAUCUGGACUGUGGGUCACGUGAUGACACUGACAUGCGGACUGAUCUUUACGUGCGCCUGCGUGUAUAACGUGCUGUUCUUCUACCGGCACUGGGGCUGGUCGCGGCUGUUGCCGUCGUGGCUGGUGCCAUCGCGGCUAUUGUCGUUCUCAAAGUACGGGCUGGUACCCCACCAUGGGAUUGGGUACUGGGCCGCGAAGACCGGGGUGCCAGCAUCGUACCGUCUGGCGCUAGUGGGCGUCCUGUUCUCGCACGGCGUGACCUCGUGGCAGAACUGGGCGCGGCUGAACCCAACGUACUACGACCUGCUCAGCAAGGACAACUUCCAGAACCUGUUGAUUGCGACCCUGUGGCUGUUUUCGCGGUCCUCGUUCUACAAACUGGUACCCUUCAUCAUCACGAGCUACCUGCACCUGACCAAGAAGCAGAGCGCCAGUGAUGACGAGACGACGAAGCAGAACUCCAUGCUGCUUCACCUGAUAGCGUACUCUGAGCUGGUCGUGCUUAUCUCUCUCCUGUGGGACACGCUGCUCUUCCGGGGCGCAUCGGGGUUCGCGCUGGUCUUCUACUUGGCCAUCUACUGGCUCAAGCUGAACUUCUCCCCUUACGUGCAGACAACCGUGCUGCGGAUUCUUUCCAAGCUGAAGCGUGUGGUUCCCGCGAGCCAGCGCGAACGCUGGGACGCCGUGCAAGACUUCCUGCUCCGGAAACUACGGGAGCAGAAGGUCACUCAGGAAGAGGCCCGCAAGAGGCUCUGA